AUGAGAUGCGACAACCUCUAUUUCCCUUUCGCUCCUCAGCUUGGGAUCCAACUUCCCUUCCAUCAUUCCUUCUCGGCAGUUGCCCCAACGAACACCAUGUCGACGACCCUCGAGACUGCGCCGUCGCCCAUUGACGCCUCGACGUCAUACCUGUCGGCCCGGAACAUUCUGGGCCUCGUCGGCAUCUGGCUGGCGUACCAGCUCUUCAAGGCCCUUUACAACAUCUCGCCUCUGCACCCGUUGAGCCAUAUCCCGGGACCCAAGCUGUCUGCGGCCACGUACAUCCCCGAGUUCUACUACGAUGUCAUCCUGUUUGGACGUUACACCAGGGAGAUUCAUCGCAUGCACGAGCAGUAUGGCCCGAUUGUUCGCAUCAACCCUCAUGAGGUUCACUGCAACGACGUCAACUUCGCCGAUGAAAUCUAUGCCGUCAGCGGUCGCAAGCGCGACAAGCCUGUCCACCAGAUCAACGGCUCAGCUCUGGGUGAGUCCGGCUUCGGCACCGUGGAUCAUGACCUUCACCGCGCCCGUCGUGGCCCCUUGGCCAAGUUCUUCUCUCGCAGCAUGAUCUCGCGCCUCGAGGGCGACGUCCACGCCCUGGUCCAGAAGCUCUGCGACAAGCUGCUGGCCGAGACGGACAAGAAGGAACCCUUCGACGUCACCAUGGCGUACUCCUGCUUCACAUCGGACGCCAUAUCCGGCUACUGCUUCGGCGAGAGUUUCGGCUUCCUCAAGCAAGAGGACUGGUACCCCAACUUCCGCGCGCCGACGGCUUCUAUUCUCCGACCCGUCUUCGUUUUCCGCUUUUUCCCCCGGACCAAGCACCUUGCCGUGCUUGGAGAGUGGCUCGUGGACUACCUGCCCACUGAUAUCGCCUUGAUGAUUCGCACUCUCAAGAUGGAGAUCCCGAACAGGGUCGAUAACACCAAGGCCGAGCUCGACGCCGGCAUCCGCCACGAACGCCCCACCGUCUUCGGCUCCCUUUUGGAAUCGGACCUGAAAUUGGCCGAGAAGGGCUCGCUACGCCUGGCCGACGAGGCCGCCGCCGUCGUCGGUGCCGGGACCGAGACCACCAGCUGGGCGUUGGCCGUCAUCACCUACCACCUCCUGACCAAGCCCGAGAUGCUUGAGAAGCUGCAGGCCGAGCUGCGGUCGGUCGUCGACGACCCCAAGCACCUCCCCAGCUGGACAUCCCUCGAGAACCUGCCCUACCUCGGUGCCGUCCUCCAGGAGGGCCUGCGGCUGUCGUACGGCGUGUCGGCGCGCACCGCGCGCGUGGCGACCGAGGAGAACAUUGUGUACCGCGGCGAGUUCAACAAGAAGCCCGUCGAGUACGUGAUCCCCUCCGGCUACGCCGUCGGUAUGUCCGCCGUCAUCACGCACCACGACGAGAGCGUCUUCCCGGACUCGUACCAGUUCGCCCCCGAGCGCUGGCUGGACGAGAACAACCAGCGCCGGAAGGACGUCGAGAAGGGCAUGCUCGCGUUUUCCAAGGGCAGCAGGUCUUGCCUGGGCAUGAACCUGGCUCUGUGCGAGCUCAACCUGUGCCUCACGGCUCUCGCCCUGCGCGUCCUGCCGACCAUGCGUCUCUACGAUACCACUGAUGAGGAUGUUGCCUACGACCACGACAUGUUUGUUCCCGUGCCUAAGGCGGGGACUACCGGUGUGCGGGUGAAGAUGGUCUAA